AUGGCGAGAACAUAUUAUGCGUUUGGAAGGACGUGGGGCGAAGGUGCGCGCUGCGAAUUUGCAAUGCGAACUCUGGAGGAGACUGUCUACCAGCAUUCUUUGGAGAUUCAGUUUGUUGCUCUCACAUUGAUAGAGGCUAAUGAUGAAUGCGAUUGGCUCCACAAGAUAUUUGAUGAAAUUUUCAAAGGGAUGUGGAGGGGGUCAAUUUGGAGCGGAAUAAAGGAAUUACGGCAGAGUCUUUACGAGGGAGCGGUAUUGCAGAGGUGCUCUAAUUUUCCAAUAGAGACGGAGGAGCUCCUUGGCAUGCUGGACUCCCUUAUUCAGACUUUAGGAUAUGAUAUGGGUACAUUAUCGUUGAACAAACUGCGAGAGAGUCUCGAAUUCUUGAAAAAAAUUACUCUCUUUGCCAAAUUUCGAGGACUUGAGCAUAGGCGGAUGGGCGACCUGUUCAUUCACGUUCAGCGCUUGAUUGUUGGUGUUGCGAGCUUAAUCUUUACGUCCUGUUCUUGGCCUAGAGAUGAUGAAGUUGACCCACUAAUAGAAACAAUAAAACCUGUUGAAUACCAUGGUUGUCGGAUUUAUGUUAGAGUCUUGGAGGAAGCUUCAAAAUUACAGUCAUCGAAUUGUGCCCCUGCAGGAAGCCAUGCAUUGAUUCUGGAAAUGGUCGAAUCUCUCAUCUUUCUUCUUUUAGAGUUAUUUUUCAGUGGUACCUCUUACGUGGGCAUGUUUCACCAUCAAAUGCAUACACUCUAUGCAGGGCUCAGAUUCUUGAGAAACACCUUGACAGUGCACCGAAAUAAGUUUGAGGAGUCAUAUGAUGGGAAAAUGGUCAACCUUGUAGAAGUCUUGAUAUGUGAGGCAGCAAUGAUAGUUUGCUAUCUAUGUGUCAAAAUGCCCAACAACCACGUGGUUGAACCUCUGCAGCAUCUAUUCUAUGAGGUUGAUGAAAAAAUGAAGAUGAUCAAGGAGACACAAGGAGAGGCACCAAGAUAUCCACUCAAGCCGACAUCCUGCUUUCCUCAAACCAACUUGUUGGGGUUCAUUGAUUCGGUCCUGGAAAAAUUGGACUCAUUCAAUCUUUAUGAGUGCAACCCAGUCGUCACUACGGAAAAGACCAAGUUUUUAACUAUCCGAAAGGAUAUGGUGUUUGUAAGAUCUUUUCUUAUUGAUUUCAUGGGGCCACUUGAUCAAAAUGAAAAGGUUCAAGCUCUCUGGAGUCGUGUUACUGCAGUAGUCCAUGAAAUCGAGUAUGUCCUUGAUUCUCUUGUGAUUGGAGAUGCUAUUCAAAAUUUUCUUGGGAUGCUUAAUACCAUUCUAGAACAGAUGAAGCUUGUUCAGAAUGAAGCAUUUGAAAUUUCUCGCUGUGUGGGGCAGAUCCCUAAAGUCCAGAACAUUGCUGAAAGUCAUACGAAGAUACCACAAGCUGUUAAUAUCCCAGGUUUUGAUGAGCCUAAGGUAGAAUUACAUGAUGAGGUGCAAAAGAUAAUUGAUCGGCUCACAAGAGGGACGAAGCAACUGGAUGUUGUUUCCAUUGUUGGUAUGGCUGGGUUGGGCAAAACAACUUUAGCAAAGAAAGUUUAUCGUAAUCCCGCCAUUGUCUAUUACUUUCAUGAUUUUGUGUGGUGUACCAUUUCUCAAGUAUAUGAUAAAAAACGUUUGUUACUUGAGGUUCUAAUGGGUCUUGACAAUGACUUUGCUGACAAGCAUUCAUACAUGAGUGAAGAUGAUUUGGCAGAUGCAAUUCGCAGACGUUUGAAGAGAAAAAGGUAUCUUGUAAUUUUGGAUGACAUUUGGGACAUUGAAGCGUGGGGUAGUCUAAAACUUUCAUUUCCUGAUGAUGCAAUGGGAAGUCGAAUUCUUCUAACCAGUCGAAAUGAGAAUGUUGCUUUACAAAUUGGACCAAAGAGUCAACCCUUUAGUCUUCGUUUGCUCACCGAGAAGGAGAGUUGGGAAUUAUUCAAAAUGAAGAUACGCUUUGGAGAAGCUUGUCCUCCUCCAGAACUAGUUGCACGUGGGGAGGCAAUUGUGCAGCGUUGUAAGGGAUUGCCGUUGACCAUCAUAAUUGUUGCUGGCCUCCUUUCGAAUAUGGAUACAUGUAAGUGGGAUGAAGUUGAAGAAAAACUAAUGAAAAGCAGCUCAUCUAUUUUAGAGCAGUGUAAAGAGACUCUAGAGUUGAGCUAUCGUCAUUUACCAGAGUACUUGAAACCAUGUUUUCUCUACUUUGGGGCAUAUAAAGAGGACCAACGGAUACGUGUUCGGGAAUUGUUAUGGCUAUGGAUUGCGGAAGGAUUUGUGGAGAGAACUGGUGGAGAAUGUGUAGAGGAUGUUGCCGAGUGUUACUUGACAGAGUUAAUACAAAGAAAUCUAGUUAUGAUUGCUGAGACAGGGUCGGAAGGCAAGGUGAAACUUUGCAUCCUUCAUGAUUUGUUACAUGAGUUUUGCAUGGCUAAAAGCAUCGGGGACCACUUUCUCUAUCGCUUCGGUGGUAGUGAGUUUGGUACUUUAACAGAGCAUAAUAUGUUAUAUCGGUUGCAUAUACACUCUAGAAAAUGGGAGCAAUUCGUAGAGCCAAUGCUGGAUUUUCCUUACCUACGCACUUUGUUCAUGGUUGACGAUGAUAUGUACAGUUGUGAUUCUCGACUUCAGUAUAGUAUCGUGUACAAGUUUUCCCGAUCAAAACUUGUAAGAGUUUUGGACUUGGGACGCUUCUGUUCAUUCCAUUUCUUUCCAGGUGUAAUUCAACUACUUGGUCAUCUGAAGUACUUGACCUUGGCAGUUGAAGGUGAAAAAUUUAUCCUCCCACCGUCAAUUGCCAGUCUCUCAAAUUUGGAGACACUCUUUUUGAUUGGAGGAGGUAUUUACUACAGCAGAGUUUUGCUGCCAGACACUCUCUGGAAAAUGAAAAAUUUUAGGCAUCUGCAUUGUAUUAAUUCACACUGGGAAUUGCCAGCAGAUGAUCGUCUGGAACACAUCUCAAUUUUAGAGAAUCUACAAACUUUCUCUAAUGUAGAAUUAUCCAGCCACCAAGUGACGAAAGAAGUAGUCCGAAGGUUUCCCAACAUCCGCAGAUUCAAAUGCCGAUUCAAUGUCUCCACUCCGCAGAGUAUAGCAUUAGAUUUCUUGACUCAACUUGAAUCACUCAGCAUUUACGAUGUUAGGAUUCUGUCGGAAAUCCAUAAUGAUCACUAUCAGUUUCCCCACAACUUAAAGAAGCUAACCCUGCAGGGGCUUCACCUGCCAUGGAGUAAAAUUUCAAUGAUUGAUAGACUACCCAAUCUCGAGGUUCUCAAAUUGGAGCAGGGAUCAUUCAUCGGAGAAAUAUGGGACAUGAAAGAAGAGGGGACAUUCCCCAAGCUUAGAUUUCUGAAAUUGAAAGGCUUGGAUUUAGCCCGGUGGACAGACUCAGAUGAUCAUUUUCCUUGCCUCCAGAAAUUAGUGUUGGAAGAUUGCCAGAAGUUGAAGGAAUUACCUUCGUGUUUGGCCGAAAUUCCAACUAUUCGGAUGAUUGAGGUAUCUCGGUGCGCGAAAGCCAUAGUAGAUUCAAUAAAGCAAAUUCGAGAUACGCAGAUGGAUAAUGGAAAUGUGGAUCUGGAGAUUCGAAGGAGGAGACAGUUGGGGAAACGGAGUUAUAGAAGGGUUACUUAGAAGGUUCUUCUCGUGGGCGAUGUGGGGCACUAACUCUUAACAGAUGGGAAUUCAUCAGGUAAUGCCUCCUAAUCAGUAGUCUUGCUUGAUAUACGACUCUCUCCUACAAAUGUAGUUGUUCUAUGGCGCCCUUCUUAUGUCAAGAUCUAAUUCAAGCACGAACACUCUUUCUCCCAUCACUUCUGCCAUAGUUGUUGUGUUAUUGUGAAAUCGGCUCUUGAGACAAAAUGAUCAAGAUCAGAAAAAUUUCAAGCAUCAGCGGCUCUAUUUAAGUGAAUGGCAUCUCCAAUCAUCCAUUAAGGUGAAACCAAAUCUAGAGAAUCACUGCAUCAUUUUCACGGCAUUUCCAUUCUCCAUAAACAUAAUCAAGUCCUUUGCUGUUGCAUAGGACCGAUGUUUUGCUGAUCGAUUUGACCAAGAAUUUUAAUGCUCCCCUAUUCCUUUUGUCAAAAAAAGAUAUGCGCUUCAAAAUUGGCUUCCUGGUUGGCAUGUCAGAGGUAAGAUUUUCAAGGGCAUUUCCACAAUUCCACAUAUUGUUGCGAUGAACUACUUUAUUUUGUAAAGCCAGGCCUCUGAAAAAGAUUGUUUCCUCAGAUCUACGCUAUAAACAUAAAAGACGCUGCUGGAAGCUUGUGACUUUAGGCAACUGUUUUAGUUCUACACGUUCAACUUCUUAUUCAAAUGGAAUUCAUCAGGCAGUGGCUCUCAGACAACCUUCUUGGUCGAUUUCCAACACCGACCUGGCUUUGUGGAUGCUGAGUUGUAAUGGGUGCAGGGGUUUUCUUCGCCAUCAAGUCUGCCGCUGUUGUUCCAUUGUUUCGUGAAGUGUGUUCCUGAGACAAAAGGUCGAACGUUAGAAGAAAGUCAAGCAUCCAUAGUUUUAUUCAAAUAAUUUACAAUUCGACAACGGACCACAGGUGAGACCCAAUUUAAGUCUAUACUAGUACGUUGUCGUCCAAGAACAGAGCAGGGGGUGAAGAUUUAACUCUUUAAGUUUGUUAAUUGUGCGAGAUCGGCUUUUCUGCUUCAUUUUUAGAAGGACUUUUGAGAUGAUGCAUCUUUUUUAUUUUUAUUUUUUUGGGUUUUUUUUUUAAUUAUCAAUAGCAUUCAUCAUCUCCUUUACAAUAAGGUUACACGGAGUUGAAAUUAUCAUUUUCAAAAUUCUAAGAACUGAGAUUGAAAAAAGAAACAAAAUAGACGUGAAUAGAUUCUAUUAUUCACUUCUUUUUUCUUUUCUUUUUUUUUUUCUCUCUGUGAUUUUCUUCCCAGC